GCCCAAGUCCAUUUCUACUCGGAGGAACUUUGAAUGUUCACCUCGAGAAGUAUGUACAGCAAUAUCCACAGUGUGUUGAAGAAUUGUCCGAAGGAACUUAUGUUGAUGAUAUAAACAUUGGAGGUGACACAGUUGAAGAGACUAAAGUACUCAAAGAGCAGGCAAAAGAGAUUCUUAGUGAGGGAAGUUUUAUGUUGCACAAAUGGCAUUCUAAUGCGGUGGAGUUAGAGAGUGACAUCGUGGAAGACGGCGAAUCUACUUAUGCCAAAGAAACUUUAGGAACUAAACCAUCUGAUACUAAACUGCUGGGGUUGGGAUGGAACAAGAAGGAAGAUACUUUGUUUGUAUCACUACCGAAACAGAAUGUAGAAAUGACCAAACGAACAGUCCUUCAAACAAUGGCGAAACUGUAUGAUCCUCUGGGUAUAGCUGCUCCGUAUUUACUCACGGCGAAAGUAAUCUUCCGGGACAUUUGCGAUCGGAAACUUGGUUGGGACGUUGAGCUGCCCAAAGAUCUUAAAAGCCGAUGGGAGAGAUGGUUAGACAGUCUGCCAAGUGUGUUAACCUUCCCAAGAAGCAUUCCUCGAGAUAGAGCAUCAAUUACCGAGAUUCACAUUCAUGGGUUUGCCGAUGCCAGCAUUCUGGGAUGUUGUGCUGUUAUCUAUGUAGUGGCAAAGCAGGGUGAACUAGUUUCUCGAGGUCUGCUGGUAUCCAAAGCACGGUUGGCGAAACACGAUUUAACAAUUCCUAGAUUGGAACUUGUCAGCUGUCAUAUGGUCUGCAACCUUAUCCAUAAUACCAAAAAAGUUCUUAGUUAUCUUCCGGUGACGGGUGUUUAUGCGUGGACUGAUUCAACCGUUUGUGUACAGUGGAUUAACGGACAGGGAAACUACAAGCAAUUUGUGUCGAAUCGCGUGAAAAAGAUUAACGAGGAGAAAAUUGAGUGGAGAUAUGUUCCAACUCAACAGAACCCUGCGGAUAUCGGUAGUCGAGCUACAACGAGAGAUCUACAAGUCAACGAAACCUGGAUGAACGGUCCUGGUUGGUUAAGUGAGCCUGCGAAAUGGCCGGAGCAAUUACAGAUCAAACCCAGCGAAAAAUCUGAAUUCGAAAGUCGAAUGGUUAAAGAAGUGAUGAAAGUUACCAUUCCGAAAGAGGCUGAUUUUAUCGAUAGUCUGUUAGAGAAAUUCCAGCUGUUAAAAGCAGUACGAGUUUUAGCAUGGGUUAAGAGAUUUAUUGACAACCUGGUGUAUGGCAAGAAAGUCAAUGGGCCAUUAGCAACCGAGGAAAUGCAGAGGCAGAUGCAGUUCCUGAUUAAACGAGCGCAAUCUGAAAGCGAAAUACUUGAGAACUUCAAAUAUGAUUCCACCAGAUUAAAUCUUCAAAAGAACGAUGACGGAAUAUACGUCUGUAGAGGAAGAAUCCAAGGCGAAUAUCCUGUUAAUCUCCCAGCAAAACAUGUUUUAUCCGAAAUGGUUGUAAAGCAAGCCCACGCGAAGACUCUGCAUGGGGGAGUUGGUCACAUAUGAGCAAAGUUCGUGAAGAAUACUGGAUUCCAAAGCUACGAACUCUAGCUAAGAAAGUCCUCAGCCAUUGUUAUGGAUGUAAGCGGUUUCAUACAGCACCAGAACCUAGCCCACCUCAAGGUAAUCUCCCGAAAGAAAGAACCGAAGGCGUGACGCCAUUUGAUGUAGUAGGUGUGGAUUACGCUGGACCUAUUUAUUACCGCAGCAAGAAGAAUGAAGAUAAGUCGUAUAUCCUCAUCUACAAAUGUUCCUUAACACGAGGACUCCACCUGGAACUUUUACCGAAUUUAAGUUGCGAAGAGUUUCUGGCAAGUUUCAAGAGGUUCGUUGCAGUCCGAGGACGACCAAAGAAGAUGAUCUCAGAUAAUGGGAAAACUUUUCAUGCAGCGUCAAAGUGGAUUAAGAAAGCUACACGAGAUGAAAAGUUCCACGCGUUUCUGCAGGAUCAUAAAAUCCAGUGGCAGUUUAACUUAAGCAAGGCAAGCUGGUGGGGCGGCAUGUUUGAAAGAAUGGUUGGAUUGGUGAAGAAUUCGCUUUACAAAGUUGUUGGUUCAGCUAAACUCACUUACAAAGAGUUGCAAGAUGUAUUACUGGACAUACAAAUAGUACUGAAUAACCGCCCUUUAACGUAUUGUGAAGAUGACGUGCAACUUCCGGUUCUCACACCAAAGCAAAUUAUCUAUUAGAGUUGCCUACCGAAGAAAUUGAAGAAGACGAUCUACGAAGGAGAGCAAAACAUUUAAAGAAGUGUAAAGAUGCGUUAUGGCGUCGUUGGCGAAAUGAAUACAUGAGAGCACUUCGAGAGAGACACGAUUUACGACACCACGGGGCGAUGUAGUUCUUAUGAAGGGCGAUGAAAAGAACCGAGGCAAGUGGAAGAUUGGAAUCGUGGACAAACUAAUACCUGGAAGAGAUGAAAUCGUGAGAGCGGUGAGACUUCGUGCAGGAAAGAGUUACCUCGAAAGACCUAUUCAGUUUCUAUAUCCAAUGGAGCUACACUGUGAAGCGAAGAAACAAAAUCAAGGAGAACUGAAUCCCGAAGCCAGAGAGUUUAGACCAAAACGAAGAGCAGCGGUUGAAGCAUUAAGGAAUAUUCAUCAGAUGCAGGAGACUGAAGAGGACGGUGACUAAUAACUUUGCAUGGGUAUAAGUAAAACUGUAAGUGACUUGAUAAAGCGAACAACAGUUAGUCAAACUUAGUCAGUUUAUAUUUCAAAUAAGGAUUAUUUAAAAUAGGGGGAGUGUGUCGUGAACGUUUAUACAGUUACAUUUAUAGAUCAGUAGUGUUAAUAUUAUUAAGGAAAUGUACAAUUUGAUCGACACUUCGGAUAUAGUACAAAACAUGUGAGCGAGCGUUGACUUUAGAACGGGAAUUAUAACUUAAACAAAACGUGAUAUUAUAAAGUCUUUACUUCUUCGAACCGAUUGUGGGAAUCAAACGAAACUUCAUCACAAUAUAUUUCAUCACUUAUAUAAUAGCAAAUUAGAUAUUAAGAUCAAGCAUAAUACACAUCUACCAGGGCUGUAAACAGGGGAAAGAGAAUUUAACAUACUAAUUUCACAAUGUCAUUUUGAUCAUAACGAAUAAUCAUGCAGUCACGAAAUACAAAUUCCAUUCAAACAAUACUACACUUGCACAAAAUACAAUACUUUUAAAAUUAAUAUCACUAGCAUAUAUUAUAUACAGUAGAACAAAGUUUCAGCUAUUUCAUAUUGAAUGAAAUAGCUGCUAUAAAUUCCACUUGCAGUAGUAUUUCGGAUUAUUACCAUAACAGUAACAAAGGUUUCCUUAAUAGGUCAACUGAGUUGUGACAUCAUAAUGUUGAUACAUAAACUGGGAUGUCACACUGAUAACUUGACAAUCUUCUUUAUCAUUGCCAUAUAAUCGAGAUAUGCAAAACAUUUUAGAUGCCAUAGAGUCAGGAUAGCAGGUGUUGUCACAAUCCAUACUAUUGACAUAUAUAUAGCAUCCAAAUUUAAACAAUAAACAAUAUUAUAUAAAGAAGUUAACAUUUACAUUGAAAUCAUAUAUAUUUUAAUGAUCCAUACUCAUAGAAUUUUGACAGUUUUUCAAAACUUUAUUGUAUAUAAAAUCACAUGAAGCAAAUUUUUGUCAAUUGUUUAUAUUUAUAAUGCAUGGAUUACAUUUGGAUUUGCCAACGUCAACUGUUGAGACUUGAGUAAUAUACAUAAACUAUUCAAGGAACAUAAAUUACUGCAGCAAACAGGUCAAUCAUACACAUUCAAACUUUUUGGUCGUAUAAUAGUAGCAAUACCAUACAUAUUAAAAAACUUUUGCUGGAAAUAUAGCUCUUUAUAUUUUAUACAUCGUAGAAAUUGCAUUCAUGUUUAAACACUAGUAGCCUACAUAAUUUGAAUAUUGUUUACACAUUAGUAUAUCUGCUGCGCUGCGCAGAUACAAAAAGGUUAAACAUGAAGGCCUGAUUCUAUUAUCUGUGUAAUUUUUUAGGUUCAGAUAUUAGGUAUCCAUUAAUUAAAGCUGUUUUUAUGAUCCUCAUUAAUUUAAUUUGACUCACAUCCUUUUUUGAGCAAACCUAUAUUUUACUAUAAAAGAAGGGUUAUCUUAGUUACUAUGGCAAUGACGAAUGUAAAAGUUACUGAUCCUGUGUCAUCCUCGUACCCAGGGUCUUUUGAUCCUGUGUCAUCCUCGUACCCAGGGUUUUUUUAUCCUGUGUCAGCUAAGCAUAAUCAACCAUGCUUGACUCAAAUAUGAUGACAAAAGCUUUAAUUUGAAAAAAAUGUUUUCAGGGUGGAAGACAUGCACCUUAAUUAACGAUUUAGUGUUUAUAAUUCCGAGUUUGUAUUUUAAACUUUAUAGGACAAAACUGGAAAAAGAUGAUCAGUUAUGA